CCUCUGUAAUGUCCAGCAAGGACAAGCAAUGUGCAGACUACCAAAAGCUUUUGAUUGAAGAGAGCCAGAAGUAUAAAGCACUUUCUGAAGAAGUUACGAGGCUGCAAAAUCUUCAUCAAGAGGGACAUUUUAAGGGUGGCAAUAGAGAUAAUAUACCAACUGUCUCUCCUAGAAGUGCACAAGUUGCAGUAGAAAGGGUUUCUGGUAACUCCACUAGAAUGAUGACAAGAAAGCAUGGCAGGAAAUCAGCUGCUGAGACUGACGACAGCAUCAUUACACCUGAUUCAGCUAAUGGUAAAGUUUCCAUGUCAUGUGCUUUGACGGAAGACCUUCCUGAGAAAGCUUUUCCCUAUGAGGUUCUUUCACAUAUUCAGCUGAAUGCUGUAAAGGCAGUAUAA